UUUCGGGUAAAAAUCCAAAUAGAAGGGGGGCGUUGCGGUCAUUUCAUCCCCUCGUUUCGUCUCUUCCCGGACGGCAGUAGGAAUCUCACUCGUCGUGGACGCCACUGAGAGCUCGCGCUCUGCAAAGUCCCGACGAGAAAGUAGUCCUCCAGGUUGGGUGGGGAGGAAGGAAGACGAUGAAGAUGCACGGGUGGAGAGCUUCGGCUCGCCGCAUCCUCAAGCUCUCCUCGCGUCCCGGUCGCGGCAAUCCGGCUCGUCACGGCUCACUGCAUCGCUCCGGCGGAUCUUGCCGGGGAACUCAAUUUUAUUUCGGACACAAGCAGCCUCUUUCCGUGCAUUUACAUGGGAAAGAAUGUGCUUUGGGAGUAAGCUUUAUCCAAAGUCAAUGCUUUGGUUCCGUGGCCACAAAGAUUCAGAGGAACCCUGAGUUCGCCACGAUAAAUUCGGAUGACAUAAGGUAUUUUAGGGACUUGUUGGGGGAGAAAAAUGUUAUCCAGGAUGAAGAUGCUCUCCUGGCUGCAAAUAUGGAUUGGAUGCGGAAGUACAAAGGUUCGAGUAAGCUUCUGCUUCUGCCUCGGAGCACUGAAGAGGUCUCUCAAGUUCUCAAAUAUUGUAACUCCAGAUGCUUGGCUGUUGUUCCUCAGGGUGGGAACACUGGUCUUGUUGGAGGAAGCGUGCCUGUUUUUGAUGAGGUGAUUGUGAACUUAGGUUCCAUGAAUAAAGUCAUAUCUUUUGAUGAGGUUAGCGGUAUACUAGUUUCUGAAGCAGGGUGCAUACUGGAAAGCUUGGUGAAUUUUCUAGACAACAAUGGAUUUAUUAUGCCACUGGACUUAGGUUCAAAGGGAAGCUGCCAAAUUGGAGGAAAUGUUUCAACUAAUGCUGGUGGGCUGCGCCUUAUCCGAUAUGGCUCACUUCAUGCUAAUGUGCUCGGUCUUGAAGCAGUUUUAGCUAAUGGAGAUGUGCUCGACAUGCUCGGUACUUUACGCAAAGACAACACUGGGUAUGAUCUGAAGCAUUUGUUUAUAGGCAGUGAGGGGUCCCUGGGAAUUGUUACAAAGGUGUCAAUUCUGACUCCUCCAAAGUUAUCAUCAGUUAAUGUAGCUUUUCUUGCAUGUACAGACUAUUUAAGCUGCCAGAAACUUUUGUUGGAAGCGAGGAGGAAACUGGGAGAAGUUCUCUCUGCUUUUGAGUUUUUGGAUGAACAGGCAAUGGAUCUUGCACUAAACCAUUUAGAAGGAGUCCGAAAUCCAUUACCUCCUGCACUGCACAAGUUUUAUGUUCUGAUAGAGACGACAGGGAGCGAUGAACGUUCAGACAGAGAAAAGCUUGAAGUUUUCCUUGCUCAUUCCAUGGAAGAAGGCUUGAUUUCAGAUGGUGUUGUUGCACAGGACAUCCAGCAGGCAUCAUCAGUUUGGAAUAUUCGUGAGGGUAUAGCAGAAGCAUUGAUGAAAGCAGGGGCUGUCUACAAAUAUGAUUUAUCAAUACCUGUUGAAAAGAUUUAUGAUAUUGUGGAGGAACUGCGAAAUAAACUUGGACACUUGGCCAGGGUCGUGGGAUUUGGGCACCUUGGAGAUGGAAACCUGCAUCUCAAUAUUUCAUGUCCUCAAUAUGAUGAUGCCGUAUUAGCACAGAUUGAACCUUUUGUCUAUGAAUGGACCUCUAAGCAUGGUGGAAGUAUUAGUGCGGAGCACGGCUUGGGACUGAUGAAAGCUGAUAAGAUUUUCUACAGCAAGUCACCUGCAGCUGUGCAAUUGAUGGCUUCCGUCAAGAACUUGCUGGACCCCAAUCACAUACUUAACCCGUACAAAGUUCUUCCCCAUUCUCUAAGUUCCCCGUGAUGAGCAACUGCAGGAACUAAUCGAGCAUAAUCUCAUGGUGAAGAGUCACGCUAUUGUGGGAAAAUGGAGGAGUUUUCUGUGUAGAUAUCAAUCAUAACAUUGGCUCUCAUAUCUGGGAGAUGUAAUAGAGUAUCUUAUCUCUGCAAUAUAAAUGCUGUACGCAAUAAUAAGGUCAUGUUCAUUGCUAUGACAGGAUAAUCUUGUAAAAUCUUGUGCAAUAUAAGGUCCCGUUUCAAUGCUGUGACAGGAUAAUCUUAUAAAAUCUUAUUUGUUGGAA